UAUUCUUCCCACACUACAUUAAUUUUUUGGGUGCGACAGAUUGCAUAGACCUGCACAAGAUUGUACCAUGAGGUAUUUCAGGUGAAACGGAUGUAGAGAUGCAAUAUAUCAGAAAAAUUUGCGCUGCUUAUUUUAGAGACUUUAUUGAGGAAACUAUACCGACACAAAGAUAAGCCAGAUCAAUGCAUGCAUAGUAAGGUUUUUCAAAGCGCGAGGAGUGUAGCGAGGUCUUCGUUCUGAUUGUUCCGACAGGGGGCAGAAUAUUUCCAUCUUGCUCGCGGUCAAUGAAGUCGUAGUUGCGCAGACGUUUAAAUAGCAAAAGUCACUAUAUGUUGCUCUCUCACCGUUUUUCGCUGAAAGGAACUCGGACUGAGCAGGCCAACAAAUAACCUAUCUCUCUAUUUACUGCUUUAUAAUCGAGUGCAUCCUUGUGUACUUGUUGUUUGCCACAAAUAACUAAUAAAGCGGAGAAAAGUGACAAAAUUUUAAAAUUUUUGUAAAAAUGGUGCAGACGUCGCAACAAAUACGCAGUUUACAAGACGCAGAAGAAUCCAAAAUAUCAAGUGAACUAUCUGCAGGAGUCAACAGUCUUCAAACCGGCUUAACAUAUCUAGUCGAUCAAUAUUUUGAUUUUGCUUUCAAACAAGUUUCCAGCUCUUUAUUCACUUUUAUCAUGAAUAGCCUUCCAAAGCCAAUGCCCCGUAUCAAACAAAUACAUCACAGAAAAACGUAUUUGCCCGAUGCGCUCGAUAUAAAAGUAAACACGUAGCCACGUGUACACACUGUGCACCUUUUAUUAGUUGGCAUUGAUUAACGGUAAUUACUUAACAUUUUGAGUGUGACGUUCUUUUCAGAGGUAGUCCGCUAUGGAUUAUUUUUCAAUGAAUAAUGUGGAACACUUGCUGAAACUCGCUGACGAGUACCAAGCAAAGGGAGUCCUUGACCUGUGUGCCCGUUGUCUCAAGAAUGAACCUAAAACAGAGUCCAAUGCCAUGAAGAUUCUUCUUCUCGCUCAGCAAUACGGUCUCUCAAGUAUAGGCGAAGAUUGCCGUAAUUUACUGGCGGGAAUAAAGUUGGACAGACUUGAAAAGUAUGAACAAUUACCAUUGCUUAACAACGAUAACCUCCUAGGCAUUCUCCUUCCAAGAAUGAUAUGUUCAGAAGAAUUUAUCAAGGACCUCAGUCCUCAAGUUGCAAGAAUUGUGGCUUGCACCACAUGGUUGUGGAGCGAAGCCAAGAAGCCUAUGGCUUGGUGCCCGACCCACCUUCCCAAUGGGAAAACAAAAGUAUGCAUAAGAAAUUGCUUGCGAUCGUGCUCUGCCUACAAACACGUAAUUCAUUGCUUGGCUUUUAACACCGUUGAUGCUGCUAAUGACUUCAGAUCCAGAGGUUAUUACCGGAGUUCUGAGAGCUACACUCCUUCCUGUUCUUACACUACCCGCAACGGCGAUCACUUUGACAGUAACCUUUUGAAAGUUUUGGAAAAGUUGUUUGAUUUAGCUGAUUAGACCGGUACCGUUGGAUGAAAGAGGUUCCUCAAGUAUUGCGUGAAUUUACCUGGGUCGACCUUGGUAGGUCCUAAAGGUUUUUAACUGACGCGCCGUGAGAAAACUUGUGGAACCAGUGUAACAUGAAUUGAAAAUCGGCGAAAAGAAAUUUUAAUUCAAAAUUCUUGUUGUCCUGUUCAUUAUCUAUUCACGAGUUUAUUGAAAGAUAACUUAACUGACUGGAUUCUGCUCCUAGUGCUUAAUAAGAACAAUCGUGUAAGAAAGUAGACGUUAAAAACGGCAUUGCUGU